AUGUCUUCAUACGAGUUUCAAGUUAUCAUAUUGGCAGUGGACAAUACAAGUGCUAAGCUUGGUCCAAUCGAUGAGAACCUGCCACAUGUCAUGUUGCCUGUCGCAAACAGACCAAUACUAUCCUAUCAAUUGGAGAUGUUGGAGAGAUCUGGUUUCAAGUCCGUAUUGAUUGUCACACAGGAUUAUGCACAGAAUAGAAUAGCAGCUUAUGUCAACCAGGUGUAUAAGGAUCAGAACCAAGGCAAGUUGGAAGUAGAGUUCUUCGUGCUCAAGGAUCAGAAUCAGAUUGGUACCUGCGAGAUACUCUACCGCAUAAGAGAGAAGAUUAGAACCAACUUCAUGGUGAUCACUGGUAACCUUAUUGCAGACGAAGGAUUCAUUAGACAGAUGGCUGAUCUGCAUAGAGGAAACGACUCUUCAUUGACAAUGAUGUUGUAUCCAAAGAAGGUAGCAACCACAGAAGUCAAGGAGACGACUGACUCAACCUAUGUCGACUACAUCGUCCUCGACGAGAAGACCAACAGAAUCCUUCAGAUGGAGCCUGCCACAGACAUUGAGGAUGCAGUUCUUGUGUCCAAACAGAUGUUGCGUCACUUCCCCAACAUUGUGGUCAACAACAACUUGCAAGACGCUCAGUUCUACGUCUUUUCGAGAUGGGUCAUCGACCUGAUCAUUGAGGAGCAAAAGACCAAGAACAUUCCAAUCACUAGUAUCAAGAAGCAAUUGAUUCCACUGCUCUUGCAGUGUCAGAUUCCUGGUCAUGGCAAGAAGUUACCAGCCACAUCAGUCAACCGCACUCAGGAUCUGGCGCUGUCGAUGUCGACGUCGGCCACGCCCUUCAACCCAUCUUAUCACAUCAACCAGAAUACCCAAGACACCAUCAAGUGUCUCACCUACCUAACCAACGGCUACUCGAUCAACAUCAACACCAUUCAAAACUAUACUCAAGCUAAUCGCGAUGUGGCCUCUGGACAGACUUCAUACAAGCCAUACGAGGCACCAGGCAAGAAUAACUAUAUCGAUGUCAAGGCACAGGUUGCUCCAACCUCAGUCGGUGCCGAUUGUGUCAUUGGAACAGAGUCGAUCCUUGGACCAAAGUGCAGUGUCAAGAAGUCAAUCAUUGGAAAGCAUUGCAAGUUUGGUCAGAGCGUAAGAAUAGAGAAUGCAAUCAUCAUGGACUACGUCACAAUUGAGGAUCAUUGUGGAAUCAGUGGAUCAAUCAUUGGAAACAACGUCUACAUUAAAACCAAGAGUGUCAAGGAUAGCCAGAUCGCAAGUGGUUUCACAGUCUCCAAAGGUAAUGCCCUCAUCACCCACCUCCUCUCAUCCAUACUUACUUACUUUCCAACUCAACUCAAAUCAACAGAUCUCAAGAGCAAGCAGAUAAGCAACCAGUUGGAUUAA